UCGAGGAUCAAGGGCCUUCAAAAUGGCUCUUUUCCUUGAUCCACGAUUCAACUAUCGUGGAUCAAAGUUUUUCUCACCUGAGGAGAAAAUGGAAAUUAUGGGGUACAUCAACGAAACAUGGCAGCGGAUUCGCCAACUACAAUCGCCAGCAUCCACUUCAAGCACAAGGAACGAAUCUCUGUCAGAGUCCGAACGAAAUGAUGAUUUUGAUGAGUAUCUCACUGAGAUGUACGGUGGCUCUGUCAAUACUGAUGGAGAACCCAGCGAGACGAAGUUUCUACAACAACUACAGUCACUGGACUUGGAACCACGCCAGAAUUCUAACUACAACGUUUGGGACCACUGGUUGCGACGUAAGACAACACAUCCCGAGUUGUAUGCUGUGGCCAUGGUUGUGUUGUCCACACCAUCAAAUCAGGUCUCAGUAGAAAGGGCCUUUAGUGUUCUUGGUCUAGUGUUGAGCAACCUUCGCACCAAACUCGCGGAGGAUACAUUAACCAACAUACUAUUAGUAAAGUUGAACAAAGCUCUAUUCCCGCAGGCUAUUGCGACGGCCUACAACUGGAAAGAAGUCGAAAGAAAUUAGAUCACUGUUUGGUGAUUGAAUGUUUUUUUCAUAAACCCUUCAUAAACCCUCGAACAUAUAUAAAAUAUAUUCAAACACACCCCAGCAUACAACAUUAUUCCUCGAUUAUUUUUUCAAACCUUUUUCUUUCGUCGUGUACAUCGCCUAAAACUUGCAUGC